UUAGUUCACACAUUUCCCCUUUUAUGUUUGAAGUUUUUCAGUUGUGAUGUUGUUUCAGAGAAAGCAAAAAUUGGUGGCUAUAUUAACGUAAAUAACAUCGAAAUAAAGAGAUUUAGGUUGAGUCUGGUGAAGGUGUUUUGUUGCAGAUGAAGGCACCAUUAUCAGGUUCUUCUUCCAUUCUGAGAGGCAAGGGACGUCUCUCUCCAUACCUUUUCACACUUAUAGCUUUCAUCCUCUUCGUUGCCAUUCUUUAUGGCGAAGACUUCAUGUGCGUCUUCGACGAACACCUCCAAAGCUACUCUUAUUCUGACAAACCCUCUUCCACAACUCAAAGAGUGAAACAACAUAAGGUGCCGUUUGCGGUGGGAAAAACAGAGGAAGGAUGUGACAUCUUCAGUGGAAGUUGGGUUCGAGACGAGUUGAAUCGACCAUUGUACGAGGAAUCAGAAUGUCCAUACAUUCAACCACAAUUAACUUGCCAAGAACAUGGACGACCCGAUAAGGAUUAUCAACACUGGAGAUGGCAACCACAUCAUUGUGAUCUUCCUAAAUUCAAUGCUAGUUUGGUGCUUGAAACACUUCGAGGAAAAAGGAUGAUGUUUGUUGGUGAUUCUCUUAAUCGCGGUCAAUACGUCUCUUUUGUAUGCCUUCUCCAUAAACUCAUUCCUAAUGAUGAAAAAUCAAUGGAAACCUUUGAUUCACUCACAGUGUUCACUGCAAAGGAAUACAAUACCACAAUUGAGUUCUAUUGGGCACCUUUUCUUCUUGAAUCAAACUCAGACAAUGCUGUCAUUCAUAGAAUAUCUGAUAGGAUUGUUAGAAAAGGUUCAAUCAAUAAGCAUGGCAAGAAUUGGAAAGGUGUUGACAUUGUAGUAUUCAACACCUAUCUUUGGUGGAUGACCGGUUUGAAGAUGAAAGUAUUACUUGGAUCUUUCGAUGAUGAAGUAAAAGAGAUUGUUGAGCUCUCAACAGAGGAUGCGUAUCGCAUGGCUAUGAAAAGUAUGCUUAGAUGGGUUAGGUUGAACAUGGAUCCGAAGAAAACUAGAGUGUUUUUCACAAGCAUGUCACCUUCCCAUGGAAAGAGCAUAGAUUGGGGAGAUGAAGAAGGAGGAAAUUGUUACAAUGAAACAAGUUUAAUUGAUGAUCGAAGCUAUUGGGGCUCAGAUUGUAGGAAGAGUAUAAUGGAAGUAAUUGGAGAAGUGUUUAGCAAAUCUAAAGUGCCUAUUACGUUUUUGAACAUCACACAAUUGUCCAGUUAUCGUAGAGAUGCACACACUUCAAUAUAUAAGAAACAAUGGAGUCCAUUGACUCCAGAGCAAUUAGCAAACCCUGUUAGUUAUGCUGAUUGUGUACAUUGGUGUUUACCUGGCCUUCAAGAUACUUGGAAUGAGCUUCUGUUUGCCAAGUUCUUUUAUCCUUGAAAACCUUUCAAAUAUAACAGAUAUUUUUUCA